AUGACAACGGAAAAUUUACGUAAUGUUGCUGCCACUAUAGAUGCGAUGCAAUUUGCUAACGAUAUACAGGAAACGCUCGGGCGAACGUACGGCGUUCCCGAUGAAUCGGAAGCGGAAUUGGAUGCUUUGGGAGAUGAAUUAAAUUUCGAAGAGGAAGAAGAACCUUCAUAUUUACAAGAGACAUCUGAUCUGCCACUUGGAGAAUUAGAAGGCAGUGCAGAGAUAUUGAAUGAACUUGGAUUACCAGAAACUCCAAUGAAAAAUGCUGCAUGA